GUUUUUGAAGCGACACAGCGAAGGCUGUGUGUGUGGAACUAUUGGACGUCGCGCUCGGGAGUGCGCUCGCUUCAUGGACUCGCGCUUCCCUGGCCGCCGCUGGUUUGACUGUAUCACGAUUCGCGUGUCCGACGCACCUUCCAAAGGCACGGUGACCUCUGGCCGACACACGUCUGUCUUUUACACCGUCACGAUCUCCCACAAAGUCACGGGCGCGACGACGACGAUCCUCAAGUCGGACUUUGACUUUGAAGUGUUGCGUGACCAAGCACAGAACGCGCUCGAUCACGGCCACGUUUGUCGUGCAGCGUGUCCUUGGUAUUACGUUGACGUGUCUGAGCAUGUUCCUAAAAGACGAGUCCUGACCGUGUUGGAAACCACCAAGCGAUCGAUCGCAGCCCAUAUUCGCAUGUACCAAGAUCUCUUUGACCACACCGUUGCGUUUAUCUUGUCGCCAGAGUCCCAUGCAUGUCCAAAGGCAGAAGUGGCGAUCCCUCGGCUCUUCUUCGACUUUCUCGGUCAAGGCAUGGAUGGAGCGUCCGACCUCCUCGUUGUGUCGCCGCCAGACGGAUCAUCGUCCAAAGCAUUGUCCCGGCACGGGUCAUAUCGAACAGAAUCGCAGCAUCAAGCCAAGCUGUCGACUAGCUAUUGCGGUGUAUGCGGUUUGAUGCUGACCCCAGACGCUUCCACGGCGCCAUUGACGGUGCAGUUGGACACCGUUGCCCUCACCACGCUGACAUGUGGACACGUCUUUCACGACGAAUGCAUCCUCGAGGUGCUCAACGUGAAUCUAGAGUGCCCAUCCUGCAACCCGACGUACGAAGCUGCAAACGUAGACAAUUAAGCGUUCAUCGAGUGGCACGUGCUCCUGUU